UGAGUCGUGGCAAACCGGGUCGGGCUGGAUGAGGAAGACAUGGUUUCAGAAUAAUGUUGGAUUCCGCUGAGGCGUCGGCGUCCACGCUGCUCCUCCUUCGAGGAGACCUCCUAACUGGGCCAAGUCCCUCUCAAGUCCUCCGCCGAAUUUUCGCCUUGAACUGGAACUGAAGUUCUCGCCAUGGAUCAAUCCGUCGCCAUUCAAGAAACUUUGGAGGAAGAGGAAAACUGCUCCAUCGCCGUCCAGUGUGACAUCAUCCAUGAUAACAGCACAGAAAGCCGCUUGCUGGGACUGGUGGAGUCUGCAAAUGAAAAGGCACUCUUCGUUUACACUCAUCGAAGGAUGGCCAUCACCGCUGACGAUGUUUCCCUGGAGGACGUUCUCCCCAUUUCGCUUGAUUUUUCUGUUGUCGAAGUUUCUUCGCCAGAGCAGCUAUUUGUUGUGGGCACAGAUACUCGGGUGAGAAUAACCUACAAGCACAAAGAGAUGGAGCUCAAACUUCCUUUUGGGUCCCACUCGCGCCUCUUCCUCUCUGAAGUCAACAAAGCGUGGAGUGAUGUUUGCAGGUCUCCCAUGCAGGAGCUCAAGUUUGACUGGAUCAGCAAGUAUCAAAAAGCCCCCAAAGGUGUGAAAGGAGCCCCCACCCCCCUGGGUACUAAUCUCACAAAGUACAGCCUGCAUCAAGAAGGAGAAAAACCAUCAGACAAAAAGGGAACCUUGGAAAAGGACAAAACAAAUAAUAGUGACUCUGACAAUUCCAUUAGGAGCUCCAUCCAGGAGAGUCAGAGCUUCUCUAGUCGAGAAAACCGGAAUGACCUGGUGCGCUCGUCCAGCCACACCGCUGAAAAUAAAGCACAGAUUCUGGCCAUGCCGCAGUUUGGCCUGCGUGACAACCUCAUCAAGUGUGAGCUGCUGAAAAGCGAGGAUGUGUACACCUUUCUGGAGAACUUCAGUUUUUUUCUAGGCACGUACAACGUGAACGGGCAGACGCCAAAGGAAAGCCUCCGCCCUUGGCUGAGCUGCACCCUGCAUCCUCCUGACAUUUACUGUGUGGGUUUUCAGGAGCUUGACCUCAGCAAAGAGGCUUUCUUCUUCACUGACACCCCCAAAGAGCCUGAGUGGACAAGGGCUGUGUCUGAGGGUUUGCACCCAGAUGCCAAGUAUGCUUUAGUGAAAUUGAUACGUCUGGUGGGCAUCAUGCUGAUUUUCUAUGUAAAGACGGAGCACGCAGAGUUCAUCUCUGAUCUGGAGGCUGAGACUGUGGGGACCGGCAUCAUGGGAAGAAUGGGAAACAAAGGUGCUGUGGCCAUCCGCUUUCGCUUUCAUAACUCCGACAUCUGUGUCGUCAACUCUCACCUUGCUGCCCACGUUGAGGAAUAUGAGCGACGUAACCAAGACUUCAAAGACAUUUGCAGUCGCCUUCAGUUCCGCCAGCUGGAUCUGACUCAGCCUCCACUCACAAUCAUGAAGCACGAUGUGGUUUUAUGGAUCGGGGACCUAAACUACAGAAUCAGUGACCUUGAUGUGGACGGAGUGAAGGAGUUGAUCAGCAAGAAAGACUUUGAGACGCUGCACUCUUAUGAUCAGCUCAAAAAGCAAAUCGAUGAGGAGGCCGUCUUUGUUGGCUUUGAAGAAGGAGACAUCAAUUUUCAACCAACCUACAAAUAUGACACUGGCUCUGAUAAUUGGGAUUCAAGUGAAAAAUGCCGUGUACCUGCGUGGUGCGACCGCGUCUUGUGGAAAGGAAAAAACAUCAAACAGCAGCAUUAUCAGAGUCACAUGGCCCUAAAGACAAGUGACCACAAACCUGUCAGUUCCCUGUUCAUCAUUGGGAUCAAAAGAAUUAAUGAUGAGGCCUACAAGAAAACAUUUGAAGAUAUUGUACGAAAUAUCGACAAAAUGGAAAAUGAAUGCAUCCCAUCUGUAACUUUGUCCAAGCGAGAGUUUGACUUCAAGGAUAUAAAGUUCAUGGAACACCAGGCACAAACACUGAGGCUUUUCAAUGAUGGACAAGUUCCAUGUCAGUUUGAAUUUAUCCAGAAACCCAAUGAGCUGACAUACUGCAAACCCUGGCUGACUGCUAACCCACCCAAAGGUUUCAUUGCUAAGGGUGGUUCUGCAGAUAUUGAGCUGGAGGUUUUUGUAAAUCGUGGGACAGCACCUGAUCUUAACUGCGGCAGGGAGCAGAUUGAAGACAUCCUGGUCCUUCAUUUAGAGCGAGGCAAGGACUAUUUCAUCUCCGUAACGGGGAACUAUCUACAAAGCUGCUAUGGCACUUCCAUCUAUGCUCUGUGCCACCUGAGGGAACCUAUUCGAGAUAUGCCACAAGAUGCGCUGCGUGAACUGGCUGCUAUGUCUGGAACUGAGAAUACAGCGACCACUGAAAAACCUCUCGACAUUCCUAAAGAACUUUGGAUGAUGGUGGACCACUUAUUUCGGAAUGCAGUCAAACAGGAGGAUAUUUUUCAGCAGCCGGGACUUCGAAGUGAAUUUGCAGAAAUAAGGGAUUGUCUCGACACAGGGAUUCCAGAUUCUCUUCCUGGCAGCAACCAUUCCGUGGCAGAGGCUCUGCUUCUCUUCCUGGAUGCCCUCCCAGAGCCUGUGGUUCCUUUCUCUGUUUACCAGCAGUGCCUUGAAUGCAGCUCCAAUGAGAGCCAGUGUCAGAGAGUUAUUUCCACACUACUACCUCAGUGCCAUAGAAAUGUGUUCAACUAUUUAGCUGCCUUUCUCCGUGAACUCCUGAAGAGUUCGGAAAUUAAUCGACUAGAUGUCAGCAUCUUGGUCACCAUUUUUGCCUCCUUGCUUCUGAAGUCAGACACGAAGCAGGAUCUUGUGGAGAAGAGGAAGACGCAGGAGUUCUUUAGACAUUUCCUGACCUGAACUUCUUCCUGAAUUGAGAACUCGUUUAGCAAAAGCCAAACACUAAAAUCUGCAAAGUCCAGUAUUUUAAAUAAAUAGCAAUGCUUUGUUAUACUUUUGUUUUUUGUACAGGUAUAUAGUAUAUUUACAUGAAACAUUUAAUUGUCAAUUUCCAAACAAUGAUGUGAUUUAGUGAUUCACAGAUUAUUGUACAUCAAUGAACAUCUGUAACUGCUGAAAAGUUUUAAAUGUCUAUUUUAUUUAAAUUGUAUUUGUAUGAUCUCGGCAUCAUUUUGUUUUAUAUAUGUAUAUAUAUAAAAGUGUCAAAAAUGG